AUGAAAAACCAUAUAGAAGGGCCAGUCAUAGCACGAAAAAAAAGAAGAGUUAGAGCCCAUAUUAUGGCUGGCAAUAGCGUAUCGUACCCGUUGGAAAAUAUUGCGACUAAUUUUUAUAAGAUUGGAAAUAUAGAAAAGGUCAAUUAUGCUCAAUUAAUACAAGAAAAUUCGGACAGUCAGUGGUGUAUUCAAGCCGAACUCAUACUGCGUAAAGAGAAUCCAAAGGCCCUUGUAGCACUUUUUUCAAGAGAUUUAUGGUGUUUUAGUUUGAACGACGAGCCGUUGCCUUUCCCGUCGCAUGAGAACGGAGACGAAGCGCGGCCCAAACUUGAUAAAAAGGGCCAUUUUACGCCAGAUGUACCAAAACCUAAUUUGCCAACACCAUACGCGGUUUUCCUUAAAGCGCUUCGAAGAAUGGUCUACGUGAACCUGUGCCUCAAUUCGAAAGAAAGUUUGGUGCCCUUUGGUAACUUGGGAAUUUACAGUCGGGGCUCUUGGGCAAGCAGGAUUAUCAGUUUCGAGCCCCAUCUCAUUGAAAGCGGUGAACUGUGUCUCUCUAUGGACAUGAAAGAAAUACCUUUUGUAAAGCUUGAUGCAGGCCUGCUGAGAGACACAUUUUUGACACAAUCGGCAGUAUAUCUGGCGCCAUCUGGUAUACGUGCCUUUUUCGCUACAAAAGACCCCAAAGAUGCCAUAUGUGCUGCUCCAAAAAAUGCCAAAAUUCUUUUGAUUACGCUUUUGCUCUCAUACGGCAUAGAUUUGACUCGCAGAUCAGAGAUAACGUGGGUCAAUCUCAUCGCAAGUCUAGAUCACUUGAAUGGGCAAACUUCGAAAGUUUCUCGCUAUCUAGAAACUCCGAAGACUUACAAAAAAGUAGUUUGGCCACUAGAGCUUUGUUACGCGCAGAUGUGUAGUGGUUUCAAACCAAAAGAUGAGAUGAUCGAAGGGGAGUUGGAGCCUGAUCUGGAUGAAGUUUUCGAAAUAAUUGAUGAUUUUGUCCAACUGAAAUUGACAUCUGCAUUUAGAACUCCAGGAAGUGCGGGCACCGGUACAGGAACUGGAACUGCAACGGGAUACAACCCUUUAAGCACGGGCGCAGCUUACUCUGAUAAUACUCAACUGCUGCACAAACACUCGAACAGCAUAGGGCCUGCACCCACGUCAAAUAUCAACAUACCGCAAUCCAACUCACUGAAAACAACUCCCAAUGAGCUAGGCUCGAAUAUCACACCAGCACCACCUCCUUCCUCGGCACCACCUUCGGCCGAUGACCAAUUUCAAAGUGCUUUUCUCAAUAGUCCACAUCUUAAUGGCGAUCAGCUCGACAAGAAGCGUUUUAAUUACAUUAAGCAUCCAAACUCCGAUAAUGAACGGAGUGAUGCGUGGCUUGACAAAGAAAAGUCCAACAUAGAAGCCCAUCAGAGUGACUCGCCGGCCGAGCAGAUGGAGAAGCUCGUCAAGAUACCAAAUUCUGAAUAUGACAAUGAUAAACCUUCUGAAGAAGAUGACAUGGGACUAUUAGGAGACGCUGAUGAUGAGGAACUCUUUGGCGAGCACUCAGAUACGGACGACAUACAGAAGCAAGAUUUGAAGGAUAUAACAGACGACAUGUUCGAACUUGCCCAAGAUAGUGCUACAGAUAGCCCCAGUGAUAGUCCAAGACAAGGUGCAUUCGAUCACUCCAAAAAUCUCAAACGCAAAUACCUUGACAUACCUCUGGAAGAGAUGACAUUACCGACAACGCCUCUGUACACCGACCCUGGAGCUCCUCUCCCAGUAGAGACCCCAAAGGACCGCAAGAAAAGCGUUUUCGCACCGCUGAACUUCAACCCCAUCAUUGAGUCAAACGUUGAUAACAAGUACCGAAAUGGUGGUAAAUUCUCAAUUGACACUAGGAAAAGUGAGGAACCAUUAAAAUUCGAUGUUUCAACAGCCAACAUCUCUAGUUCUGAGGAUGGAGCUUCCAUGAGUGAGGAAGACGAGUUCGGGGACUUAAUCGAAGACCGGAUAAACAGUCAAUCUUUCGACGUUGGUAUGAUAUCCAUACCUGCCUAUCAAGGGGACUUGCAAGAUCGUCCGCCUGAAUUCGCACGACAUGACUUCUCUAAAGAAGCAUCUUUCCUACCGCCGAGCAGCAGCGGGUUAAGUCCCGAAAAACUGAUGAAAGACGGCCAAAGGGAUCUUUGGAAAUCACCUCGGGAUGCGAAGAACGGUGAGAUUUCGAUUCCUCCUGGUAAUAUUCCUCCACCAUCAGAAGCAGCCUUCGAUAAUUGUGACUACCUUAAGGAUGGGGACGGCAUAUGUGAAGAAGGCCAGGAUGUUCAAGCCACCGAGGAAGAGAAAACACUGCUUCAUCAGACCAACGAAGCUGCUACUAGUGGACCAGUUGCAACGACGAAUCGCAAUAGCGAUUCAGAAAUAGGAAGCCAGGAAUCGUCAAACACCUUACCCUUUUUGUUAAGAAGUGUCGCUCUCAACACAAUACCCAGGAGGUUCUAUGACAAAUGCCCUACAACGUCCAUUGAGGGCGUACAAAGUGUGUUAAAUUUACUUACUGAACAAAUUGUAUUCGAUAAGGGACUCUUGAAAAUGGGUGGAAGUGAAGACUCAGCCCAUGAUGUAUUCAAAUCAUGCGAAGAGGGAUUUGUUCAAGAUAGUCUCAAAAACAUCUUCGGGCUAUUUGACAGGGUUUAUGGCGAUAAGAUUAUUGAUGAAAUCUUUUACAUGAAACAGCCGUUGGUACAAGUAAAGAAAAACUCCGAGGUCAUCAAGAUAAAAGCUGAUUCCGAAUCUUUUGCCCAGUACUUAAAUUUAAAACCUGUUCAAAGGUUUAAAUGUUUCAAAGCACUUUUUUUGACUACUUCUUUCAAGGAUGACUGCACUGAUUUCCUGUCAGUAGUUUCACAAACAUACACAGCACAGGAGCUUGGUUUUUGUGAGUUAGUCAAAUUAACAGAUGAAGAUAUUCCCGGGCUCAUUCAUUUAAUAAAUUUCGAAAGGGACACUUUAUCCUUACUUUCUGCCCAAAUUGUAUCUUAUUGUUCCCGAAGCACGCGCAACACCGCAAAUGUGCCGCUAAUGCUUUUUCUCCCUCUAGACUCGGUGGAUAUCUUCUCCAUAAUGUACAUGACUUUGAAAUUCAAUCUAAUCAAAGUUGAAGUGGUAUCGAAAUUACCUAAAGUUGAACUUUACCUCAAAUUGAUUCCUACGAAAUUUAUCAGAAGUCCCCUGACUUCGGUGAAUGAUUAUAACGAUCUGUGCACUGGACUCUACAACUCUCUUCCUCCCUUGCAUAUCAAAUUCACAGUGAUCGCCAAAAGUUUGCCAGAGAAAAUUACAUUUAAGACUACUCAAGGCAACGAUAGUCAUUCCUUCAGUUUCAAGUCAUUUCUCCACCUUGCUUAUGCGCGAAGCGUCGACAAAAACUGGUUAUGUGCGGCUUGGACCAGUUCGUCUGGGGACGAAAACAUAGUACGAACUUGGUACACGGGAAAUUCAAAAAGUGCUUUCGAGAAUUCAUGCAAUCAAAUGUGGCAAACAACACUGAAAUUUGCUGCUACCAAAUGUGGACGCAUAUGCUUGGUUCUCACAAGGUUGGACAAUGUGCUUCCAGACGACGAAUUAAUGAAUUGGCGAAGGCUAUCAUCUACCUCCAAGAAUUUGCAUUUGGCAGUUGUAUGUGUUGGAGAGAGCUCCAACUUAACACUGUUAGAUGAAGACAAGUCGUAUCCAUCUUUCAAACCAAUUUUCAGGGAUAUCGACACUUCAAUUUCUUUAGACUCUAACGCUUUGGACAAGUAUCAGAUUGUCAAGAUUAGUAAUGAGGUACACGGUGUCAUUUUCCAACACCCACUACAACUCUUACAUUCGCUACACCGUUGUCCAAUCAUUAAUGGUGCUCUUGUGAAGUUCAAACCUGGCGAGGGAGAUGACUUUGUUGAAAAACUUGACGUGAAUUUACUGAACUGCCCGCAUUCUGACAGCCGAAAUCUUCUCAAAUCCAUUUUAGAAGAGUUUAGAAACUUGGCUGCUUUAAGUGCCUGGUUUGGUGUUUCUCAACGGGAAAAAGAACAUAUACCAUGGCAUAUUUUGGCCGUGGCCAAGAUGAUGAAAUUUGUGGUGCAUAUUGACGUCUCAAACUGUGAUGUGUAG